AUGAAACAGGACCAUCAGCUUUUGAUGGCUGUGGAAGGUUCAUCUAUUCCUCAGCCAGAUGCAAAGUCCCUUCUUACUGGCAUCAAUAACAUCCUGGUCAGUAAGGAGAUUCGGCCAGUCGUCAGCCUGAAUUCGCCCACCACCGUCAGCACUUCCUUCGUACUCUAUGGAAUUCUGGAUGUGGAAUGGUACAUUGAGAACUUCAGCUGGGAUUCUGCACAGUGUGGAACAGAAAGAAUUUCUUUGCCCAGAGAAAAAUUAUGGGUCCCAGAUAUUCUGAUCAACGAGUUUAUGGACGAAGAUCGAUCUCCAAACGCUCCUUUCAUAUACCUGCUAAAUGAUGGUCAUGUGAUCGACACGCGCCCUGUCAGAGUGGUCAGCUCCUGCAACCUGGACAUCUACACCUUCCCCUUUGAUGUGCAGAACUGCUCUCUCACCUUUAACUCCUUCAUGCUCAUGGCUGCUGAUCUUCAGUUGAAACUGGGAGCAGAAGCUAAGGAAACCCUGGAAAUGUCCAGGAUGGCUCUGGAGACGGUGGGGGAGUGGGAACUGAUCGACAUCACAGCUGACGACACCAUCGAUGAAAUCUCUUAUGAAUUAUUUGACGAGGUCAUCUACUAUAUCAUUCUCAGGCGAAGGCCAACAAUGUACGUGGUGAACCUGCUGGUGCCCAGCUGCUUCCUCAUCACAGUGGACCUCUUCAGCUUCCUCCUGCCCCCCCAGACUGUGGACCGCUCCUCCUUCAAGAUGACCCUCAUCCUGGGCUACACCGUCUUCCUGCUCAUCAUGAACGACUUGCUGCCCAUCACCGGCAACAGAAUCCCCUUAAUAAAUGUGUUCUUCUCUAUCUGCCUGGCUCUGAUGGUGUGUAGUCUCCUGGAGACAGUUCUGAUCACCAACAUACUGUGCAAUUCUAGUCAGUACCCCUCGGUCCCUCGAUGGAUCCGCGUGAUAGUCCUGCAGUACCUGGCCCGACUCGUCUGUCUUGAUCACUCAGUAAUGCUAACUAGUGUUUUCCUCCUGUUCCCUGCUGCCUCAGUAGAGAAUAUGGAGGCAAAGCCUGGCCCCAAUGUUACAGCAGAGCCUCAGUCCGAUGAUCUCGUCCUGGGACAACUGAAAAGGCUUGGCCAGGACGUCCUGGCAAUCCGUCAGCAAGUGGAGAAACAUCUUGCAGAUAAUGAAACGGCUGAGGACUGGAUCCAGAUUGGAAACGUCAUCGAUCGACUUCUGUUCUACCUUUACAUUUUUUUUAUCAUUGUCAGUUUCAUCACCAUUUCCGUGAUCUGGAUAAAGUGGUACAGCCUGUAG